AUGUUGAUGCAGUCUACAGAUAUUGGAUGUAAAGGAAAUCUUUUUCUAAAAAAAGUGGUUGGAAGCCAUGUUGUUGUUGCAAAACUUCAAUAUAAAUCAGGCCUUAAAGAGAUGAUGGAGAAAAUGGCAGAAAAAUUGUAAGUGGCUUUAAUGACUUAAAAAGACUACAAAAACCAUUUUUUAGCUGGAACAUUCUGGUAGUGAUAAACAUUGCAUGGUGAGAUAAUUAAGGCAUUUCUGGCAAAAGAUCAGAAAACCCUACAAUCUUAUAAUUGGCCACCCACAAAUUGUAAACUUAAGGCUUUUUUGUCCCACCACCCCAAGAGAAAUUUGAUUUCUAAUUUCCUUUUUUGCUAAGUAUGCUGGAGCCAGUGAAUAUACCUAUAAUUACAUGUAACUGAUUCCCCUGGCCAAUUCAAAAUCUCCUUAAAAGGCCAAACCAUAUAGCAGUUGCAGUACCAUAUUAAUUGUUAAUCUUAUUUAUUUUGUCAGAAAGCAGUAGGGAUCCUCAGCAUAUUUGAUAGAGAUAGGUGGUUCAUCUUACACAGGAGUGUUUGGUUACUUAACUGCAUUUCAAGAGAUGAUAGAACAGGUACACUGUAUGAACUAUAUGGGUUAUAUGACAAGCAUUUUGUAGGUUAAAAGAAUAUUCAGGUUAAUAACAUCUACCCUGGUUAAAGAAUUUAAUUCUUCAACCAGGGUAGAUUCAUUUCCUUUGUCUCAUUACACUAUACAUGUAAUAUUAUUCAUGAACUGAGCUUAAUAGGAGGCAAAGGAAAUGGAGUGAAGGUGGUUUAAAAAACUGAAUUUAAUUUUUCUAUAAUGUAGUUAUUCAUAAAAAGAUUUUUAAGGUCCUAAGUGACUUUUCAUCUCAAUAUUAUUUUUUUAAGCAAAUAAAACAAAGGUAAUUUGAAAAGAAUCAAGAGCUAGAAUGUGUUGAAAGUGCCAAAUUACUAGGUGUUACGAUCUCCAACAAUCUUACAUGGAAUAUGCACAUUGAUCAAAUCAUAAAGAGAGCUUCUAAACGUAUGUAGUUCCUAAUACAAUUGAAAAGGGCCAAUGUUACAAGGCAUGAAUUAAUUCUUUUUUAUACAUCUUGUAUAAGGUCAGUCAUGACCUACGCAUCACCUGCGUUUUUCUACGCCCUGCCAUUGUAUUCAAAGAAAAAUCAAGAGAAUGUAGAGAAACGGGCACUAUCAAUCAUUUGCCCAGGACUGGCCUAUACAAAGGCCUUAGAGCUUUCAAAUAUUAUGUCUAUCAAUGACUACAUCGCUAGCUUAUGUAAAAAGACCUUCUCUUGAUUGCUAAUGACCCGGCUCAUCGCUUACAUAACAUGCUUCAAUCGUCAGGGCCGUCGUGUUAUAAUCUUUGGUGCAAAAGGCGUUUUGCGAUUCCCAAAUGUAAGACCGAGCGUUACAAAAAUAGUUUUUUAGUAAGAUCAUGUAUUGAUAACGAAUUUUAGUGCUCGGUGAGUUUUUAUAUUUAUAGGAUGUUAUUAUUUAUUUAUGACUUUAUCAUUAUCAUUUUACUGUACUCACUAUUGUAAGAUUCUGUUAUAUUAUAUUAUAUAUUAUAUUGUAAAUACACAAUUCAGCUUAGUAGCUGCAAGCUUUUUACAAAUAAACUAUCUAUCUAUCUAUCUAUCUAUCUAUCAAGAAAAUCUACAUUUACAUUGUAGCACUGAUCAGAAUUCCCUUGACAGAAAUAUUUUUCAGGACGCACCUUAAAUGCCAAAGUUUCUCUCCGGUCAACCUAGUUGCUUUGUAUGGCAUUCGGUUAUUGAUUUAGUAAUGCUGACUUGAGAUUAAUUUGGGAGCAAAUUUUAAGGGUUAAUUGCAAAGCAAAUGGAGCUUUGAAGUGAAAAAAUAAAAUUAUCAUCUCUCAGCAGAAGGAGUUAAUGUACACCACUUUAUUUAACAAACAUGGUUGUUUAUAGUGUGCUAAAUGCUACUUCUCAUCUUUUCGGUAAAAGGUACCUGCAUUUAACAGACGCCCAAAUUAUUAAGGUGCUAGUGAGGCCAGUACCAAAGGCAUCUACUUAGUAACGUGUGCCAUGUUCUUUGUAGGGAAAUAUAAAUUAAGGGAUGAUCAUGCAAUCCAGGUCCAUAUAUUUUUUAGCCUCUCAUGCAGAUGUUCUUUGGGGUUUCUCACGCAUUCUACUAAUGACGUUAGUGGGGCAGGAAUGCGUGACGAACCCCUAAGAGUGUCUGCAUGGGAGGCUAUAUAUUUUUUAGAUUAUUUUGUUAUUUUGUUAAGUAGUUGUAAUUUGUUAGGCCUUAGUAGUUUUAAUUUAUUGUUUGGAUGUUUUUCAUAUUUAUUCAGAAUGUGUUGGAAGAUUAUGAUGAUAUUGUAGUUACUGUCGGCAGUGGAGGAACAGCAUCAGGAAUGGCCAUAAUUGGCAAUUACUUGACUGGCUCAAAACUCAAGUGAGGCACCAGUUCGCAUUUAACCCUUUAAGCCCCUGGCAAUGGUGACCAAGAUCAAUUUUCUCCUAACAAUAUCCAUACCUUAAUUGUCAAGAGAUAAGGUUAUGAGAGUUAAUGAAAUGAUCACUAGCGAGAAAAUGCUUUGAUCUUUUAUCAAAUUCUCUCAACUUCCUCUUUAAGGAAAUACCUAUAUAGAGAUCAGUUUGGAGAAUUGGUAUGUGGAUUUUGGGGCGUAAAGGGUUGAAUAAUAGUUAUUUAGGACCAACCAUGCAGUUGCUUGCUUAAAAGAGAUAUUUGUACUUUGCUAAAAAUGUGGUAACAAAAUUAAUGUUCUAGACUGACCAGUUCAGUUUUCUGUGGAUUGUGAUUACUGCACAAGUAAUUUUCCAAUAUUCCUUUUUUUUUGCCCUCUGUUUUGGAAUAAUUUAUUGUAAAGGUUGAUAUACAGGUAGCCUUCAAAGGCAAAAUUGCUCCAUGUUUCCCAGUGACCUGUUUUCACUAACAGAGUGGUUUUCCUGGUAAAGCAAAGUAAUCUACUCUAAAGUACAAAAUGAAAAUAGGAUAUAUAGAAAAACUGACUGAAGCAAAUGUUUUAAUUUUUUUGCCAUAAUAGUGUAAUAAACCUUUUCUCCUUGGGGGUCCUCCGUGGACUACUUGGUAAAAAAUAAACAACAACAAACAAACAAACAAAAAAAUCACUGGCCUUUAAGCAGUAGUUAAGGAACUUUCUAGUCAGUCAGAAAGAAAAAAAAAAGAAGAAAAGCAAACAGAUGUAAAUCAUCCAAACUAUCCCUAUUGCAAUUCAUAAGCUAUGUUUGCGUUUCUUCCUGCUUGAUUUCUUCUGUUCUUUUGUUGGGAAAAGUGAAAUUUUGUAUCUUCAUGGCUCAGUCAGUAAGAUUUGCUUAAUUUUGUGGAUGUUGUGCAAAGGUUAAAGAGAUUUACUGCUUCUUAAGGAAUUAUUCAUGAGUAUGCGGUUGAUAGUUUUAAUUGGCUGAACUUCCAGUGGAGGGGGUUACUCCCAAUAAUGACCUAUUUGGGGAGGCUCCCCCUAAAGGGGUACCAUUUUUUAGGCUUCAGGUAUAUGAAAAGGUGGAAAUUUCAAGUAUAUGAAAGAGAGGAAACCUGUGAUUUUCAGUCUGUAACUAAGGCCCAAAAGGGCUGACAUACACAUCAUAUGAUUGUUUUUAUGGCUGUGAAAUAGUUGAGAAAACGUUAUUGUUUUGUGAUUGAUUCAUUCAAAAUUCAAAGUGAAUUUACAACAGCUAAAAGGGAUGCAAAGUGGCUAUUAGGGAGCUGUAGCAACGACGGCGACAGCAACGAGGACGUCAAAAAAGCAAUAGGUUUAUUACGCAAAACAACAACUUUGCACGUGCAUCACUCUUUUUGUACAUUUCUUUACCGUCCUCGCACCACUACGACGUGAAAAUGCCUAAUUGCAAGUUUUAUGGAGGACGUAACAGGCGACGACGAAUCUCUUUUUCUCUCUCUAAACUUGAGUGCGAUCCUCAAGAAAUCAACUCCAGCGAGAUUCGCCUACACUUCCCAUUUUCAGCAAAUUGGAAUAAACGCGACAAAAAUUGAAAACGGGAAUUCAUUUUAAAACUGUCGUUUUCGCCGCCGUUGCCGUCAUCGAUGCUAAAGCUCCCUAUUGAGGGGAAGGGGGAGGGAAUACAUGCUCAGAACUGACUGAGUCACUAGUAUAAUAGCAAUUGAAUUAUCAGGGUUGUACGAAGGGCCGGGGGCCGGGAAUUUCCCCCGGCUACUCAGAGCAUGGCCCCCGGCUACUUUCGUCGUUCAGUUAAACCAAAGGAGCACACCUUUGAAACACACAAAGACUAUCCGAUCAAACUAAAUGCAAGUUUCAUCUGCCGCAGGCUUAAGUAAUUUUGAAAUACUGGCGUGCAAAAACUAAGAAAUGGCGGUAAAAGACAUCUGACUUAGAUUUGGUACUAGUACGCACGCGCGAAAACUCUCCGUUCGCGAAAUGUCAGUAGGGAGUUUUAGCAACGACGACGGCGACGGCAACGAGAACGUCAAAAAAGCAAUAGGUUUAGAUUGGAAAAACAAGAACAUUGUGCGUGCAUCACGCAUUUUUGCACAUUUCUUUGUCGUUACUGCACGGCUACGACGUGAAAAUGCGAGUUUCACGUUUUAUGGAGGACGUAAACAAGGGACGACAAACUUUUCUUUCUCUUUCUAAACUUGAGUGCGGUCCCAAAGAAAUCAACUCCAGGGAAAUUGGCCUACAUUAGCUAUUUUCAGCGAAUUGAAAUAAAUGCGACAAUUCUUUUUAAAAGUGACGUUUUCGCUGCCGUCACUGUAAGUGCCAGGAAUGUUUUCCGUUACCUUUAUAGUAUAUUUAUGUUCGCCGCGUUUUUAGUUGUUUUCAUGUUUGCGCCUUUAGUGCUGUUUUUUGGUUCAUUAGUUUGACAUUGUCCGCGUAGCUUUGUCCUACGUGUUAGGGUUCAACGGCAUAUCGUAUAUUUAGCUUUUAUUGUAAUUUUCGCGUCAGUUCUUCGUUAGUUGCGCUUGGUCCAGUGUACAGUUUAAUGUUUUCGUCUUUGCUCGUCCUAGUAUUUCGUCCUUAUCUCGCUGUCGUCUUGUAAGUAUCUCGUUUGUUUUAUUCGCAUUUCCAGUUUGCCUUAUUGCUUUCGUUCAGUUUGUAGGUUAUUUUAUCUUGACUUUGUAUUUGUUUAAUUGUUAUUUUUCAGUACCGCUAUACUUCACAUCGCUUCGGUUCGCUUGUUUCCCUUCACCAGUUGUAAAAGUCCUGAAAUAAAGUUUGUGUGUUUAAAACUAUAGCGCGUAAAGGCUGCGACUAUAGUCACCUUUGUCGAUGCUAAAAGUCCCUAGUUUCAACCGUUGUGUCGGCUUUGUGUUGAACAUGUCGAAGACGUGGCAAAGGAAUCUGCACUCUUUGUUCGCGAUGAAAGACCUGAGCAGAUCUCUGUUGACAUCACUGAAGAAGUUGAGGCUUCAUCCGAGCGUUAAAUCUCCCUGAUGCUGAUGUUGAUGAUAAUGAGGAUUAUGAUGAAGGCUUUGAAGAUGAAGACUAUGACUGAUUGCUAUGUUUAAUAAAUUGACAUUUAAGUGACCAGGUCUACAUUUAGCUUUAGGUAUCGAGUAUAUAAAAUAACGCACGGUCAACGGGAAAUGUUCGAUCAUUGUCCGAAGGUCAUCAUCACAUCCUCUCAGUUCUACUUCCAAGAAGUUAUAUAUAAAAGGGAAGUUAAGCAUUAGCAUUACUUUUGCAUUCUUCUCCUUGAGUCUCGUUUUGACAUUUCAGCGUCGUUUAUAAAGACUAGUAUUAGCCCUCCAUGACUGCUUGCGACUUCCCCGGAUACUAACAACAAAUACCCGGCAACUUGAGAUCUUAGUGACAACCCUGAAUAAUUGACUGAGUCGUUUGGUGUGACGCUACAAAACUGGUGUGCAGUGGUUUUAUUUUGACUCAUUGUAUUUUGUUAUCAAAUUGCAGGAAUAUUAUUAAAAUCUCAAGAACAACUGGAAUAUUGGUGGACCCAGUAUACAAUGUAAAGGCGAUCAGAGGAAUGUUAACACAGAUGACAAAUAAUCCUGGAAGAUUAAAGGGA